CUUUUUCGUUUCGAACCCGAUACCUCUCUGGUUUCUCCGGUGGAUGCCUUUGAAUAUAUCUGAAAUUAUUGAGUUUUAUCUUCAUCUUAAGUUUCAGUGAAAUUCUGAUCAUGGCAGAUUCCAUCUAUUCAAGUUCUGACGAAGAGGAAAUAUUAACGUAUAAGCUAAGAAUCCACGACGCUGACAUUUCUGAUUCGGGGAAAUGGCAGUGUGAGGUCAAGGAUAAGUAUGGAACUGUGUCGACAACAUGUGACCUUGACGUAUUCGAAGAAGCUAAACGACAGUCAUUAGUUUCUGGCAGUGAUAUCAAGGUUGUCCAGAAUGGUACAGUCCCUAAUGGAAAAUCUGUCAAUGGAGCUGGUUCUGACUCAGAGGAAGAGAUUUUGACAUAUCGUCUUAAAAUCCAUGAUGCUGACAUCAAGGAUGCAGGGAGAUGGAAAUGUGAAGUCAAGGACAAAUAUGGAACCGCAUCUACAUCAUGUGAUCUGGAUGUCUAUGAUACAACUCCUGUUGCAGAAGAACCUAGAUUUCUAAUGAGUCUGAGAAAUGUAUCAACUUUAGAAGGAAAGAGUAUUAAGUUGAUAUGUAGAGUCAGAGGUACACCUCUCCCUAAAAUUAUUUGGUAUAAAGACAAUGUUCCUAUAUCUAAGGAUGAUUACAACUACCAAGUUCUCUAUCUUAAAGAUGGAACCAUUAGUUUAGAAAUAUUUUAUCCUAAGCCUGACAAAGAUGCUGCAGUGUUCAAAUGUGAGGCUCAAAAUGACAAGGGCGUGGUGACCUCUGAAGCCAAGGUCACUGUGCUGGCUAAGAACAGAGCAGAAUCUGUCUCAAGGGAUCAUUUGUUGAACCUCUCCCAGUGGAGCAGAGCCAGAAGUGAGACACGUCGUGCAGCAAGUGAAUCACGUAACUCAACACGAGCAACAAGUGAAUCACGUUAUACAUCCUCUAGUACAUUAAAAUCAUCAAGCAAGAAACUGGAGGAUUAUUAUAUAAAUAGAAGGACAUCAAAAUAUGGAAAUUAUGAGUGUGAUGACAUAGAUGCCAAGUACGAUGUAUAUAAACCAGGAUACACUCCUCUUAAAUUUCUUAAUACAAGCGAACUGGAACCAGAAAUGAAGUUGAAGAUAAAAUGGGGCACAACUGAAGAGUUUUAUUUUCAAGAAAAUCUGAAGAAUAAAUGUAUCUUAGAAGGAUCUCGUGCUUUUCUGAGUUGCUUUCUUAUUGGAAAGUUGCCAAUGUAUGUUCAGUGGUAUAAGGAUGGGAAGGCAUUACCAAACAACAUUUAUGAAAGAUAUGGAAUCAGACAAAGAUCAGGACAUCUGAGUCUAGAAAUACCCUGCACUGAGUUAGAGGAUACUGGAGACUAUUUAGUGGAUGUCAGGAAUGAACAAGGCAGAACAAAUUCUUCUUGUUAUAUACAAAUAGAACCAAGAUUCAAACAUGAUAUUGAAUUUGAAAAGCCAACAUUUGUGGAGGGAAUCCACCAUAUUCAUGUGAAUGAGAGGCAGACAGCUACAUUUCAAGUUAUUGCAAAAGGGAAACCUAGGCCAGGAAUAAAAUGGUUUAAAGAUGGAAAGCGUAUUCAAGUUACACAGAAGACUACAAUCCACAAUGGUCAAAAGGGAGGAAGUAUACUGAUGAUCCACAUAUGUGACUUCUCUGAUCAAGGACUGUAUAAAGUAGAGGCCCAUAAUAUGGCAGGAAGGUGUUCUGGAUCAGCUAAGCUUUCAGUUUUUGAAUCAGGUACAAGGUUUACAUGUGGAGAAAAUGGAGAUAUAAAGAUAAUUCGCAGAAGAGAUUCUUUAGAAGAUGAGGAAAUUGAUACAGAAAACUUAUCUGGUCAGACGCUUUCAAGUACCAUGGAGAGAGAACAAAGUUCAGGGGUCAACAGAGGUGAAAGUGAAAGUUCAAGGGGUUUGGAUGAAACAGACAUUACUUUAAUAAAGAGUAAGACGUUGAUGUCUGCUGUUAAUGGAGACUUGGAAAUUAUAGAAACUACAAGCAAGACUGAAUCUGUAAAGGGAUCAGCUGAAUCUAAUGAACAGGAUAGGUCAGAAAGCAGGCAAGGACCAAAGGUUAAAAGUGAGAAUUGUGAGUCUAUGGCACUUACAAGGAGUUCUGACUUGAAGACGUCAUCUACAACCAAUUCGUCAUUGAAGACGUCAGAGAUUACCAACCAUGAGAAAACUUCAGUAGAUGCUAGGGAAUCAACAGAGAUUAAACGUUUAGAUUUGAAAAGUUCAACAAUCACAGAUGAAAACAAAGGAGAGUUCCAGAACAAAGAUGUUUCAAGGUCAUUAAAUGAAUCAGAAUCAAUUGCCAGUGCAGACAUCUCAAAAAUUGAAUCAGCAAGGUCAGUAGUUCAAAAGUCAACAACAGAGACCGAAUCAAAUGAAUCUGUUACUGUAGACAUAAAACAAGACAAAGUGCAGAAUCAGAAUGAAUCUGAGACAAAGACGGUAGCUAAAGAAGGUGACUCUUUGGAUGGACAAAGUGUUACAGGUGAUCUCCAGAGAACUGCAUCAUUUGAAGCAAUAGAAAAAGCCAGAAGAUUAUCGAAAGGUGAUGUUAAAUUAGAAAAGUUAUACUCACCAAAUGCUGAUGGAAGUCUUUUGUCUUCUAAAUUCAAUAAAUCAAAUGGAAAACUUAGUAGGGGAUCUUCAAUUGAUGAGUCUGAAAAACCAAGGAGAAAGUUAAGUAAAGGUGCCUCUGUAGAAGAUUCAGUUAAUGGAUUAGCAAGUAGACGAUUAAGUAAAGGCUCUCCUGUCGAGGAUUCAGUCAACGGAUUGGCAAGUAGACGAUCCAGUAAAGGCUUUCAAGUUGAGGAAACAGGAAAUGGAAAAAUACAUAGAAAACUUAGCAAGGGACUUUCUGUGGAAGACACAGGAAAUGGAAGUAGAAAAGGUUCCCUUGAAACAAAAGUCACUCAGAAAUCUUCGGAAAGCAUGGAAAGUUCAAAGGUUACACAGAGAUCUUCAGAAAAUAUGGACAGUUCAAAAGUCACACAGAGUUCUUUUGAAAGCAUGGAAAGUUCAAAAGUCACACAGAAUUCUUCAGAGAGCAAGGAAAGUUCAAAUGUCACACAGAAUUCUUCAGAAAGCAUGGAAAGUUCAAAAGUCACUUGUGAAACAGACCAAAUUUUACCAAAAAAAGACAAUCAAACAAUUAGUUCAGCAACAAGUUUAACUGAUGAUUCAGAAAGCCAGGGGACCAAGCUUGAAUCUGAUGAGUCAAAGGAUGAAACUUUAACAUUAAAGCAAGAGACAGUUGUAAAAGAAAUUGUGCCUGAAAAAGCAUCCAAAACUGUUGAGAUUGAAAGUGAUUCAAAACAAACAUCAACAGAAAUAACAACAUCAGAAGACAAAGCCACAGAUCAGAUCAGAUCAGCAGACAGUAAAAACUCACAAGAGGUUGUAACCAGUAUUGAUGCUGACAUUGUAAAGACACAAACAAUUGCAAACAAUGAAAGUGCUGGGGAUGAAGGUUUGGCAGAUAAGGCAGAAGUAAAAAGUUCCUCUGAAAAGUUAGAGGACAGAAUUUCAACCAAAGAGAAAGAAGAUAAUACAGACAACACAGAUUUUAUUAGAGAACAAAUAAAGGAAGCAGAAGCAAGUUUAAUUGUAGACAUGAAGACAGAUGCACACACUAGCCCUGUUCUAGCAGUUGAAACUACAUCUGAUAUCAAAUCAAAUACAGAUGAUGCAAAGACAGAACAGUCACUUGAGGAAGAAACAAAGUCAUACAAUUUAGGUGCUCAGAGUUCAAUUGAGGAAUCAAAAGUUUCAGAAGUGUUAGUUGAAAGUUCACAAGACAAAUGUUCAUCUGACAAAGUUGAUGCAGCUGUUUCUAUGGUAACUUCUGAAAGUUUAGCAGUGAAAAGUUCAAGCCAAACAAGUAAAUCAACAGAAAAGACAACCGAAUCUUCAGAAGGAAAACAAUUAGUGGAAACUGCAAACUCUGAAGUAUCAGAGAAUAAAUCUUUAAUGAUAACAGCUCAAACAAAUGUUGAAGAAACAGAGGAAAUGAAUUCUAUUGAAGCAUCAUCAGUCAAAGUUUUGAAAUCAGAAAAAGAAAUGUCAAAUGACAGUCUUACCAAAAACACUGAUUCAGUAGCAAGUAUAGAACAAUUAGAAACAUCGAGUGGAAAAGUAAAGUCAGCGACACAGACUUCUAUAGAAGAUAAAUCCAGGACAACAAAAGGUCAAGAAAUUGAAGAGAAAUCUUUGUUAAGAUCAGACAAGAUGUUUGCUGGAGGAGAGGAUGCAGAAAUCACAACAGAAGAAGAAAGCAGUAAAAUAGAAGAGAAAGAAACCAUCUAUACUACACCACCAAAUAUUGUCAAAUUUCUGCCAAAAGUCGUAGAACUUAAAGACGGAGAAACAUUGAAGUUCCAAUGUCUGGUAUCAGGUGAACCUAGACCGAAAGUUGUUUGGCUGCAUAAUAAACAGAGAAUAACAUCUUCUUCUGACCACAUAAUACUGACGUCAAAAGAACAAUAUCAUAAUCUAGAGAUUACUAAAACUAAAUUUUUAAGGGAUGCAGGAAUUUAUACACUCAAGGCAACAAAUAUUUCUGGUGAGCAGUUAAGUCAUUGUGAAGUUCAAAUUGAGGGAACUUUGAAAAUAUCAACUGAAGUUGUAGACAGCAAGGAAAAAUUAUCUGUCAAUUCAGCAAGUGAAGAAAUCAGUGCAAUAAAGGAAAAAUCAAUUGAUGUUGAAGACAAGAAAAAUUUACAAUCAAAUUUGAAAAAUGUUGAUGAACAGAAAGAUUUUAAAUCAGAUGUUAGUGAGAAGACAGAUUUUAACACGAAGUCUUUAAAUAGUGAAGAAUUAAUCACGAGUUCUUUGAGUGCUGAUAAAAAGAAAGAUUCUGAAGUAGAAGUUGAUAGAGCUUUGAAAAAAGACUUAGACAUCAGUAUGGUUGAAGAUAAAAAGGCAUCUGCAUUGGAUGCCAAAAAUGUUUCAGAGAAAACAUCUUCUAAUGUAAACAAUGAAAGUCAAUCCUCUAGAACUUCAUCAACAAAGAUGACUGGAGACAGAGAAGUUAUUGAAAUGGAAAGAAUGGAAUUGGUCCAGACAGAGACAUGUAUGACAAAUGCACCUUCAUCUAAGAGAGAAGAACAACAUGUAGAAUUAACUGGAAAACCAUAUUUUGCUGUACCACUCCAAGAAGAAUAUUGUCCAAUGGAAAGAGAUGAAAAUGUUCGACUUUAUGUUAAAGUUGGUGGAGAACCCUAUUCACCUGCAAGAUGGUUUAAAGAUGGCGAAGAACUGGAAUCCAGUAGAAGAGUAAUGGUGAACUGGGAUACAGUCACACAAGAAUCUACUGUUGUUAUUAGCAGAUAUAAACUAAAGGAUGCUGGAGUGUAUGAAUGUCUGAUCCUUUCAGAAACUGGUGCAAUCACAACUAGGACACUGUUAAACUUAAAAAGAUUGGAGACACAGAGAGUAGAGACCAAGUUACCACAUGAGACACCAGACAUGGAUGUUCCAUUGAUAUUAUGGCCUAUUAAGGAUACAACAGUAUACAAAGGACAAGAAGCCUACUUUGAAUGUGGUGUAGACAAGCAGCCUAAUGUGGAGGUCAAAUGGUAUAAAGAUCAAAGAGAAAUUAGACUAAAGAAAAGGAAAUAUAAUUUUACGGAAACUAAAGGUGUUCAUACUUUAACAGUAGAAGAUGUCCAGGAAGCAGAUCUUGGUAGCUAUACAUGUGAAGUUUAUGGUACUGAUAGAACAGUGUCUGUUAGUGCUAACAUCUUACUAAAAGCUGAGAAGAAUAAAAGUAUUGAAAUAGGUCCCCCUAAGUUAACAGUACAGCCUGACAGUCUGAUGGGCAUAGCUGCUGGGGAAACUGCUGUAUUCAAAUGUUCAGCAGAGGCUAAUCCUCCUCCACUUUUCAGAUGGACAAAGGAUAUGGUUGAUAUAACCCAAUCACCUAGAGUAAAAGUAUCAAUGUCUGACUCGGGACAAUCUACAUUGACCAUCUCAAAUGCCAUGUAUAGUGAUCGUGGAAUGUAUGUCUGUAUUGUAAAGAACAGAUUGGGCAGAGUUAAAACCAGAACCAGUCUACAUAUUGGGGAUGAAUAUAAAGAAAGAGAUGUGAGCAAGUCAGUUAGAAGGGAGUCCACCAAUACAGAUAUAUCUGUUGAGGAUACUGAUAUAAUUACCAAGAAAACUACGCUUGACCUUCUCUCUGAAAAACUAGAUGAAGUAGAUAUUGUAAAAAGCAAAAUAGUGUUGGAAUCAAAAGGAAAUCAUAAAUUUACAUCAGAAGAUGGCGUUGAUGGUGUUGAAACACACAGUAAAAUUGUGGGAGAGUUUGAGGUUGAUCUUGGCGAGGAAGCAAAAGCUAAAUUGGCAGAAGAGGUAGCAAAAACAGAUAGAAUAGAGGCUGAAAAGUUUAUUUUACUAGCAGUUAUGGAAGCAGAAAAAGCAAACAAAAUAGCUGAAGAAAAAGUGAAAUUAGCAAAGGAGAAAGCAAAAUUAGUAACUGAAGUAGCUGCAGAAGAUAGAAAUGAAGCGAAGAAAGCAGCCUUGAUAGCAGCAGAGGAGGCAGAGAAAGCUAGAAUGGAAGCAAACGAAAAAAUAAGGAUAGCUGCAGAGGUAGCAAAAAAAGAUAAAAUAAUUGCUGAAAGAGUAGCAUUACUGAUGGAGAAAGAAAGGAUAAUUGCUGAAGAGUCACAGCAAGCAAGAAUUUUAGCAGUAGAAGCUGAGAAAGCCAAAAUUGCUGCUGAAGAAGCUGAGACAGACAGAAUUGCUGCUGAAAAAGCUGAGAAAGCCAGAAUGGCUGCUGAAAAAGCUGAGACAGACAGAAUUGCUGCUGAAGAAGCUGAGAAAGCCAGAAUUGCUGCUGAAAAAGCUGAGACAGACAGAAUUGCUGUAGAAACUGAAAAACAAGAAGAAACACCUAAACCUAAGAAGAAACACAGAAUGACGUUUGAAGAAGCUGAGACACUUAGGCUUGAAGCAGAAGUUGAGGAUGGUAUUGAUAAUUCCGAAAAUGUAUCAUCAGAGAAAGACAGUAAUGGUGUUACAAAACAAGUUGAGGAAGCCAGAAUUGCUGCAAAAGCUGAAAAAGGUAGAAUUGCUACUAUAAAAUCUGAGGAAUCUGAGGAAGCUAGAAUUGCUGCUGAAGAAGCAGAAAAAGCAAGAUUUGCUGCUGAAAAAGCUGAGAAGGCCAGAAUUGCUGCAGAAGAAGCUGAGAUAGCCAGAAUUGCUGCUGAAGAAGCUGAGAAAGCCAGAAUUGCUGCUGAAGAAGCAGACAAAGCCAGAAUUGCUGCUGAAGAAGCUGAGAAAGCCAGAAUUGCUGCUGAAGAAGCUGACAAAGCCAGAAUUGCUGCUGAAGAAGCUGAGAAAGCCAGAAUUGCUGCUGAAAAAGCUGAGGAAGCUAGAAUUUCUGCUGAAGAAGCAGAGAAAACCAGAAUUGCUGCUGAACAAGAAGUCACAGCUAGAAUUGCUGCUGAAGAAGCAGAAAAAGCCAGAAUUGCUGCUGAAAAAGCUGAGAAAGCCAGAAUUGCUGCUGAAGAAGCAGACAAAGCCAGAAUUGCUGCUGAAGAAGCCGAGAAAGCCAGAAUUGCUGCUGAAAAAGCUGAGGAAGCUAGAAUUUCUGCUGAAAAAGCAGAGAAAACCAGAAUUGCUGCUGAACAAGAAGUCACAGCUAGAAUUGCUGAUGAAGAAGCAGAAAAGGCCAGAAUUGCUGCAAAAGAAGCAGAAACUGCCAGAAUUGCUGCAAAAGAAGCUGAGAAAGACAGCAUUGCUGCAGAAACUGAAAAAGAUGGAGAAACAACUAAACUUAAAAAGAAAAAACACAGAAUGACAUUUGAAGAAGCUGAAAAACUCAGACUUGAAGCAGAAGUUGAGGAUGGUCAUGGAAAUGCAGAAAAUAUAUCAUCAGAGAAAGACAUUAUUGAAGUUACAGAACAUGUUGAGGAAGCCAGAAUUGCUUUAGAAGCUGAAAAAGUUAGAAUUGCAUUAGAAGAAGCAGAGACAGCAAAGAUUGCUGCAGAAGAUGCAGAAAAUGCCGAAAUUGCUGCAGUAGAAAGUGAGAAAGCCAGAAUUGCUGCAGAAGAAGCUGAGAAAGCCAGAAUUGCUGCAGAAGAAGCUAAGAAAGCCAGAACUGCUGCAGAAAAAGCUGAGAAAGCCAGAAUUGCUGCAGAAGAAUCUGAGAAAGCCAGAAUUGCGGCAGAAGAAGCAGAGAAAGUGAGAAUUACUGCUGAGAAUGCUGAGACAAACCAACUUGCUGCAGACACUGAAAAACAAGAAGAAACACCUAAACUUAAGAAAAAGAAAAACAGAAUGACUUUUGAAGAAGCUGAAAAACUCAGACUUGAAGCAGAAGUUGAGGACGAUUAUGGAAAUGCAGAACAAGUUGAGGGAGACAGAAUUGCUGCAAAAGCUGAAAAAGAUAGAAUUGCCCUAGAAGAGGCAGAGACAGCAAAAAGGGCCUUAGAAGAAGCAAAUAAAGCCAGAAUUGCUGCCGAGGAUGCAGAGAUAUCCGGGAUGGCAACAGAAGAGAUAAAAAAAGCUAAAAUAGCUGUAGAAGAAGAAGAGAAAGCUAGAAUUGCUACAGUAGCAGAGAAAAAACAAAUUGCUGUAGAGGCACAGGAAAAUGAAAAAGAUUCUAGGGUGACGCUAGAAGCAGAUGAAAUGGCGAGCAUAACCAGAAACAAGAAGAUACACAGAAUGACAUUUGAAGAAGCUGAGAAACUGAGGCUUAUUUCAGAGACUGAAGAAACGAAAAUACAGAGUAAUAAUCUUGAACUGUCUAUGAACAAAAAUAACAUUCCAGACUCUACAACUACUGUCAGUACAAGUAUAGAAAAAUCUAAGAGUUCUAGUAGUUCAUUACAGUCAAUGAACAUAUCUACAGAAGAAACAUUUCAAUUGCAACGACAGACAGCUGCGUCAAUAACUUCAGAAAGUAUAGAAGAAGUAGAUGGUGCUGGAUUUUCUAAAAUGUCAGCCAAAUCAGUUCAGAAGUUGGAGUCAAGUCAGGCAAAUGUUUUGGAGACAGCUGGGAAAGGUCAAACUUGUGAAUUAAAGCAGUCCUCAGUGUCUCCAAUUGACUCCGCACAACAAGAAGUAGCUAAUCAGAUAAGACAUCAGCUUCAAAAGCAGUUAUCAGUUGGUGGAAGUUCAUGUGAGAUUUUAGAAGUUUCAACUCGGCGUGUCACCAAAUCAACAGCAGAAGCUAAUACUGUUGAACACAGUGUUUCACAUCAUCACAUUCAUCAUCCACCAGAAAUUAUUGUCUCCCCUGAUUCCAAACGUGUUCCAAUACACAGUGAAUUAGAGAUCACAGUACGAGCCAAAGCUUCAAAACAUGCUAGAGUCAGAUGGGUUCAUGAUGGCGAAACUGUUACUUUUAAAGGGCGACAUUAUGAGUUGAUUACAGAAGAAGAACCCAUAAAAGAAUAAAAACAAUAGCUUUUAAUUGUUUGUAAAUAGUAGGAAAUAAUAAUUUAGAUUUACUUCUGUGAUAAAUAAUUCCUUUGUUAUAUGUGUGAUAUAAAUAUACUGUCAGUAGUGUUAUAUGUAAAAUGAGAACUUCCCUGAGUUUGGAGCACAAUAUAAAUGAAUAACAUGAAGAAAAUCUACAAUUGUCAGAUUAUACUAGCUGUUUUUUUAUAACUAAACGGUUAUGACUAUACAAUUAUUUCGAGUUUCAAAAUUUUUAUUUAUAAUUCAGACAUGAUUUUAAUUGUGUUGCUAACAAAAUCAUUUCCAUACACAACUGUCUUGGACUAAUCAUUUGUAAAAAUAAGUAAAUGGUUCCAAAAUUCAAUAUUCAAAAAUAUUUGUAAACUUUGAUAUGUGUUUGUUGAAUAAAAUGGGUUUGAGAUAAAUGUUUUAUAGUAUGAUGUUUAUACAUUUUAUUGUUUACACUGGUUAUAGUUAAGGUUUUUCGAUUAUGUUUUAACAAUUAUAUUCAUGUCCAUCUUCUAUCCUGAUUUGAAGGGUUUACCUUACCUGAGUCCUUUCUCAAAUUCAUUUCCAGAAUCAUGUACCUUUACUUUGAAGUUAUCAUUUGAAGGGACUGUUUUCAUUGGCCGACAAGUUGAACUAAUUUUCCAACAAAAACCUUAUUGAUAAUAACUUUGAGCUCACAAGAAAAAAAAUAUGAAUAAAAGUGGUAGAAUCCCUAUGCAACUCUUCUUUUUCAUAAAAAUCUUUUUAUUUAUAUUUUUUCUUGUUAGCUUAAGGUCAUUAUCCAUAAGGUUUUGUUGUAAAAAUUGAGACAGAAUAAAAGUGUUUUUGGUUAUUAAUACAAUAUUAAAAAAAAAUUGCAGGAAACCAUAAGCAGCAUUUUUAAUGAACUUGGUUUAUCCAAAAAGUUAGCAGCCACUUAAAAAAUGUUUAUACACUUUUAUUCUAUCUCAACUGUUUAGUAUUUAAAAUGAUUGCAACUGUCUGACCAUUCCACUGUAGCUUUGAGUUGCAAUAAACCAGCAUUUCUUUACUUUCAAAGGGAGAUAACUUGUAUCAAAUUUUAUCUUUAUAGCCAAAGAUGUAUGUUACUAGUUAUUAGUCUCAGGAAAGGAUUUAUUUUCUACCUGUUAUCCUAUAUGUUGAAUAUUUGACUGUAUCAUGUUAUAGCACAUGAUUAUAUUAUUAACCAGUUCUUUUGAUGUUGAAAGUUUGACUUCACAAAAUUACAUGAUUGUUAUGUACACCUGAUAUUCUAAUGUUGAUGGGUUGUUGUCUCCAAUGAAUGGCAAUAAAAAUAAAUCUAGUA